CUGUCUUCUGCCCAUUCACACAUCGCAUCAUCACGAUGGCGUCCGCCGACCCCUUCGACUCGGCGCUCGACCUCCUCCGCCGCCUCAACCCCAAGCACACGGCAACCCACCUCAGCUCGAUCAUCUCCCUGGCGCCCGACCUGACCGAAGACCUCCUCUCGUCGGUCGACCAGCCCCUCGGCGUGCGCCGCUGCCGCCAGACGGGGCGCGACUACCUCCUCUGCGACUACAACCGCGACGGCGACAGCCACCGGUCCCCCUGGAGCAACGAGUUUGACCCGCCGCUCGACGAGGCCGGGCCCGGCGGCGUCAGCGGCGGCGGCGCCAACGACGGCGCCGGCGAGGGCGCCAUCCCCAGCGAGCGCGUCCGCCGCAUGGAGGUCAAGGCCAACGAGGCCUUUGACGUCUACCGCGAGCUGUACUACGAGGGCGGCGUCAGCAGCGUCUACUUUUGGAACCUCGACGACGGCUUUGCCGGUGUUGUGCUGCUGAAGAAGU